AUUCUAAUCUUUUCACUGGUCAAGUUCUGUUUGAAUGUUUUCAACACAAAUAUCAGUUUAAUUAGGGUACGUAGUGGGACGUCCAAGACAGGAAAUGGGAAAAUAACUUGAUGUUGACAAGGCCUGGGGUUGCAAAUUAGGACCUCGAGAGUUGUGGGUAGCUUGUGAUUGCUGUAAAUGCUAAGAUAUGAAAAAUAUAAAUAAUUAACUAAAUUUUAAAAAAAAGUUUAUUUGUUUGAGAAUCCAAACUAUUAUUAUAUAAAAUUUUUAACAAAGUCAAUGAUAUUUUAUUUUUUCUUUGUUGAAUUUUUAAGUUGACAAGGAAUUUUUGCCUAAUGCUGGAGAGAUGUUUUGACUGAUAACAUUUUCUAUUAUUCGCUUUAAUUUUCUAGAAGGAAGUUCGUAAUCCAAGAAAUUUAGAAAGGCCGAUCGUUGGAUCUCUGAAAUUCAACGUCCUAACAGACUCACGUCGGGUCACUAUGACUCGAUGGUACUUUUAAACAUAAGGCUGUACAAUAAGUGAACGACAACAUGGCAUCUCAGGUCUUAGCCAACUUAUCCGAAAAAGUAGCUUUGAUAACAGGUGCAAGUUCGGGAAUCGGUGCGGCCACGGCCGUUCUUUUCUCAAAACUUGGUGUCCAGUUGUCUUUAACGGGAAGAAAUAAAGAAAAUUUAGAAAGCGUUUCUAAAAAGUGUGAGGAAGUCUCGAGCUCAAAGUACAAACCUCUUAUGGUUGUUGGAGACUUAACAAAAGAAACUGAUGUAAAGAGGUUGGUUGAUGAAACCAUUAAACAAUUUGGAAAAUUAGACAUAUUGGUUAAUAAUGCUGGCAUAAUAGAGUUUGGUACAAUUGAAAACACCUCAUUGGAACAGUACGACAGGAUGUUUAACAUUAAUGUUAGAUCAAUUUAUCACUUGACAAUGUUAGCAACACCAUUUUUAAUAAACAGCAAAGGUUGCAUAGUAAACGUGUCGAGCGUUAAUGGCUUGAGAUCGUUUCCUGGAGUUUUGGCAUACUGCAUGUCAAAAAGUGCCAUCGAUCAGUUUACUCGAUGCACGGCUAUCGAAUUGGCUUCUAAAGGAGUCAGAGUAAAUGCUGUAAACCCCGGAGUGACUGUGACAGAAUUACAGAAACGGGGAGGACUCUCAGACGAUGCUUAUAAUAAAUUCUUGGAACACAGCAAGACCACCCACGCUCUGGGAAGACCGGGAAAUCCCGAAGAAGUGGCCAACACUAUAGCAUUUCUAGCGUCGGAUGGCGCGUCGUUCGUGACGGGUGUGACGAUACCCGUAGAUGGAGGACGUCACGCUCUUUGCCCUCGAUAAAUUCUCCUAAACUAAGAAUAAACGUGACUAAGAAAUUUGUAAA